AUGCAGCAUGAGGCUGACCCCAAGCAGAGGGGUCUCCCCCUGGCCUGUGGGUCUGGGGGCAGCUCUGGGGGGUUGUGGAAGAUCAGCGGAGCCUUGCGGGGACAGGGGCCGCUGCCUGAACAUCGCUGUGGAGGGUGUUUACUCUGGAGCCUGCUGAUAACACUAUGGAGCCAACCAAUCUAUCUCCCUGCCACCCAAGGAGAUGAGCACCGGCUCUCAGACUACGCCAUUGGCCCUGAGUCCAAGCUGAACCUGGUAAUCAAGCCACCAGAGAAGGCAUCACCUGAGGAGACUGGGUGUAAAGGCUCCCCCCCUGCCACAGCCUUCCCCACCCUCUGGCCCCAGCUCACCCAGGUCCUGGCACGGCAUUUUAGCACAGCUGACAUGGAGAAGGUGCUGGAGCAGCUGCAAAAGGACUACGACCGCAGCCUUCGCCUCCUGAGCCUGGAUGACAUAGAGCGCUUGGCCACCCGGAUCCUGCACCCUGACACACCUGACAUGUUAGAGAUGGGCUUUCUGGACUAGCCCCCAGGGGGGGAAGGGAGGGGCAGCCCCCCUCCCCUCCCCUCCCCUCUGCUGCCCCUGUUCCUACUCUGAACUGCUGCUAAUAAGCUGGUGGCCAAUGUAACCUUUCUCCUCCCCACAAUUAAAGGUGAUGGUGAGUGCAAGACUGGCCUGGCUCUGUCUGGUU